AUGAUAGCCCAUAUGUAUGGCCCAGUAGGUAAGUUAAAUGAUAAAUUACAAACAGUUAAUAAACAACAAAAUAGUGCAUAGGUUCAGAUGUACGGUGCUACGAGGAGAGCAAUUCUUAAGGCUGGAGAUCAGAGAAAAUCAAGUUUGAAAUUGAUUCAGUACUUGCACUGCAAUAUGAUUGACUAAUUUGAAAAAAAAGCACCCAUCUCUUUAUUUUGUUCCUUUCUGUUGUUUCUACUGCAGAAGGCAGAAAGCAUGACGCGGGGAUGUUAGCAGACUCUGGUCUACUUGCAGACCUACAAAGGAAUGCAUUCUCCUUAACUGGCCAGCCUCUUUGUCUGUAUGGUGACCCGGCUUACCCAUCAAGGAUACAUCUGCAGUGCCCUUUUAGAAAUGCAGUACUAACACCUCAAAUGCAGGAGUUAAAUGCUGCCAUGAGCGCUCUACGUAUAUCUGUUGAAUGGCUCUUCGGAGAUAUUAUUAAUUAUUUUAAGUUUCUUGAUUUCAAAAAUAAUUUAAAAGUUGGCCUAUCCUCAGUAGGAAAAAUGUACCUUGUUGGUGCUAUCAUAAGAAAUGCUCACACCUGCCUUUAUCACAAUCAGACUUCUGAUUUCUUUUCUGUGGAUCCACCAACACUUCAGGACUAUUUUGUGUAG